CCUAAUAACAUCAAUAGAUAUGAAGAUGUUCAAAGGACUAACAAACUUAAAGAUUUUGGAUCUUUCUGACAAUCAGCUCAUUUGUAACUGUGCGCUUGUAAGCUUGAAAGACUUAUAUAUUGUUCUGGAUCAUGGCGAUGGUAUUAUCUGUCCGGACAACCCAGGAGUCGAUCUUCAGACUAUGCCAGAUUAUGACCUGUGUACUAACAAAGGUGAUUUCUGCAGGCAUGAUAACGUCACAAUUAUAGAUGGCCAUUCUAUUGAUACUGCUUAUGGUAUUAGUAUCAUUAGAUGCGCAUUCAUGUGUGACAUAAAUCAGGAAUGUAAUGCUUUUCAACACGACAAAGAUCUGCAACUGGUCUGCAAUCUGUGGAACAUCAGGCAUAAAUCGGCAUGGUUAACGAAUGUUACGCGAUAUGUUGAUCUUUACGAUCGAUGUUAACACUUUAAUUUUAAUUUUCUUUAGCUUUUUUGCUAUGCUUUAACUUUAUAUAUUAGUGAUUACAUUUUCGAACUAUAAAUACAUUUCCAUAUAGAUUAAAGGCUACAUUUGACUAAUAAUUACAUGCGAAAGAUACCAAAUAGAUAUUCAAUAGAUAUAAGAAGAUGUGGUAUGAGUGCCAAUGAGAUGUCUGUCCAUUCAAGUCACAAUUUAUAAAAGUUAACACUUAUAAGUUUAAGUACGGUCUUCACUAUGUAGCCUUGGCUCAUAUCGAACAGCAGGCCCAACAAAUUACUAGUGUUAAACCAUUCCAAUGGGAAAACCAACGGUCUUAUCUAUAUAAAAAUCGCGAAAGAAGUAACACUUGUGAACCAAAUCAGCAAACGACAACCACUGAAUAUAAGAUUCCUCAAACUCAUUUGUGGGAAACAAACUGUUAGUACCGUGACAAAAACGAAAAACGACGAAUAGUACAAAACCACAACAUAAACAUCUAAAGAUUUAGCAACACAAA